AGAAAAUGUAGAUUGGGCUCAUUGUGCACAUAAAAAUCAUUGUCCUAGCUAGUUUUGUCAUCAAUUUCCCAAAGCUGUAAAAUUGGCCCCUUUGCCGCCGUUUAUGUCUUUUUUCCCGAAACUUUGGGACAUUUUGUUUAAUUUAAUUUAAUAAUCGUUGCAUUUCAUAGAUUUUUUCGGCAGUAUUGCAAUUUUUUACAGAGUUCAAAUUUUCCGAAUCGUCUAGUUUUACAGCGUUCACUGUUAAAUCAAUUUUCCAGCUCACCUGUGAGCCUGUUUUUCCUGGCUUGUUUAAUUUGCCCAUUUACCUUAUUUAGUUUACAUGCUUGCUCUUCAGUUUGCCCACUUUGUCCAUUUUGCCGGACUUGCCCGAUUUGCACUAUAUAUCAGUUUUCUCAAUUCUUAUGUUUGUCCAACUUUCCCAAACUUGCCAUUUCAUCCAAUUCACCCGAUUUGCCCGUUUGCUCAAUUUCCUUAAAUUCCGUUUACUUCCCAAUAUUCCAAUAUUUCUUGCUCGUUUUUUUUCCUCAGUUGGCAGCUUUGACCAUUUUCUCAAACACUUUCAUUUUGAAGAAAAAAACCGAGAAACCGGCAAACUUGAAUGUCAAUGUUUUAAAUUUCAAAUUGACAGGCAAUUGAUUCUCUUUCUUUCGAAAAGCCUUUUACAGAAAUGUACUAUCACUCAUAAAACUAGUGAUAACAAGUUGGAAAGCACCUUGUGAUAUUUUGUGCUCACAGUUUAUAGGAAUAAGUACAGGUUUGAAGGGAAGUGGAGACUUGCAGAUUUCGGGUUUUCUUCACGGAACUGACUAUGCAGUCAAUUUUGAAGAGCCUAGAACAUUAUCUUGUCUAUCUCUAAUUAGCUCAAUCAUGCUGCUCAUUUCGAAUUCCAAUGAAAAAUAAGAGAUAUGCUUGUUAGCGCUUUUUUUUGCAUUCAUUAAACAACGUUCAUUUCAUGAAAAAGCUUCAGAUAGCUUCUGAAAAAUAUUUUUGUGAAUAUAAUGAAUUUAACAUUCUACUUUACAACUAUUUAUCCAAUAAUUUGCCCUAUGGAAAAUCGAUAUUUCGCAACCAAAGCUGGAUAUACAAAUACAUGCCGUUCUAUUGGAGUCAUCUCCCUGCCAAUUCACUUUCUAACAGGUUACUGUAUUCUUUUCAAGACCCCCGAAGAAAUGAGACCGGUGAGGAAUAGUCUGAUCAAUUUGUGGUUUUGGUGCUCACUUUCUCAAAUAAUGGUCUCUUUUUUCUUCACCCCCUUCUACUAUUUACCGUAUAUGGCUGGCUUCUCCGCAGGAUUUGGUACGGACUUGAAUAUUCCAACCAUUAUUCAACUGUAUAUAAUUUUUGCCAUUGAUGCUGCAAACAUGAUGGCAGUCGUGAUUUUAUUCGAGAAUCGAAGCAGUUUGAUAUUUAAAAACAAGUUUCGGAUUUCAAAAACUCGAAGUCAAGUGUGUUGGAUUGCGAGCAACUUUUUAGUGGGCAUAGCCUGCUUAGCCCCUAUGACAUUUAUUAUUCCCGAGCAAAACAAAGCGAAGUUAGAUAUCUUAAAGACAUUCCCCUGUCCCACCAAAGAAUUCUUCGCAACCUCGACCACCGUAUUCACCAUCGACCCAUAUUGGGAGACCUUCAUCGCAAACUCCUUCAAAAUCACCCGCCUGGUGUCUGGACUUCAAGUUAUAUUUUUCUCAUCGUGUUGCAUAUACUACCUAUGCAUUUCAAAAACCACAAUAUCACUUCAAACUCGGCAGUAUCAAAUUCGUUCCUUCAUUGGACUUAUCAUUCAAACUUUUAUCCCGAUUUUAUUGGUUGUGAUCCCAUUGACAAUAUUUCUGAGCCAGCAGAAGCAUGAAGCGUACGACCAGAUAAAGAAUAAUAUUACCGGAAUAUCAUUUGUGUCUUACAGUGCUAUUGCAAGCAUGUCUAUUAUUUUGGUACAUCAGCCUUAUAGAACAUUUAUAUUGUCAUGUUUUAUGAAAGAAACGAAAAUUGCGUUCAGUCAAAUCUAACAAUAAAGAGGAUUAUUUAUACAAA